AUGGAGCCUCAACACUACCAUACGGCGAUGACCCUCCGCAGGAGAACUUCUCACACAACCAACACUAACAAAGAUGAAGCUACGCAAGACACAGACACGACGCUGUUAACGAUGGAGAGCCCAGGCGACCCUCCUUUCUCCUCACUCUCCGUGCUCGGACCAACAUCCUCCUUACCAACCUGGUUCGCACCCACAACCUCCGACUCGACAACACCCCAGCAACAACAGCAACAGCAACGAAACCCAACAGAUAUCUUUCAACUCCCUUUCGAGAUCCUCGUCGGUCAAAUCCUAGUCAUCCUCGAACUCUCCGACCUAGCACGCCUAGCUCUUGUCUCCAAUGCCAUGCAACAACUAUGUCAAGCGGACUACCUUUGGCAACGCAAGUUCUUUUAUGAUUUCCAUCAUCGACCCAACAGGACUUUGAGGCAACUUGGGAGCUGGAAGCGAAUCUAUCAGGCCAUGGACCGUGUGGAGGUCUACACCUGGGGGAGUAACAGCGACUGCCGACUGGGUUAUGGACGGACACCGAAAAAGAUUUAUGAGAGUGUACCCAAACGGAUCCGGAAACUGGAUGGCGUCGGGAUUUUGGAGCUGGCGCCGACUGGGUGGGGCUGUCAUGCCCUCGACAAGAACGGCAACGUUUGGGCUUGGGGUCGAAUCAUGGAGUCGAAUGCGAUUCGAUCGGAUUCAAUGCCGAGGAUGUUGAGGCGUCCACGAAACGUGGUCCAGAUCGCGGCAGGACGACAGGUCGUCUUGGCAGUUGAUGCCUCUGGACAGCUCUGGCAGUGGUGCCGUGAGAACAAGGCUGUCAAGGUCACUCUUGGAUCCCACACUCAACAGUAUUACCCAACAUCAUUAUCAUCUACAGAAGGAAUCCUAGAAGGACUAGCAGCAAGUCUCACCGAGGAGAAGGACUACGAUCCGGUCGAGCAGAUUACAGCUGGGUGGGAUAUUUGUGCUGUAUUGACUCGGUCCGGAAAGAUAUAUGCCUGGAAACCACCACUGGCAGCCGACGGGCGGUAUCAACAUCGAGUCCAUGUUGAGCAUUCGAUUCAACUGAAGGAGCAAGGCCCCGAUGGGUAUGAGGCCUCGGUGAUUGAUGGGGACAAGUUUGUAGGGAUUGCUGCUGGGACGGAUUAUGUCGUUGCGGUGACGUCGUUGGAGAAGGUUUAUGUCUUUCGGCGGUGGGAUUCGCCACAUUAUAACUAUACUGACGCUAUUCUGUCGACCUCGGCGACCCCCAGAGAUGCAUCUCAUAGCCAGCAGCAUCGCCAGCAUCAUCGUCAUCGUGCUUCGCGGCACCAUUAUCAUCAUCAACAUGGUCACCACCAUCACAACCAUAUCGACGCCUCCGGACAACUACAGAACAGUAUGGAAUUUGAGGAUCGGAUCGUGUUUGAGCCCGAGGUCGAGGGGUGCAAGGAAGAGCGCGUGCUCGAGAUAAAGGGCCGGCUUGUAGGUGCUGGACUGUACUUGCCCAUUUUCUCUGAGGCACUGGGCCACACAGUGACAGAGACUUAUGAGGAGCAUGAUCAAUGGGAGCGUCGACAACGACAUCACCGUGGACAGAGCUGGCACCCCUCCGCCAUGUCCACAGAUACAAUUUUGACCACGAAAUCCAACGGCAAUCGACAACAACAGCGAUUCUCCGUGUCUUCCCUCUCAGAACUCUCUACCUCCUCAUCUCUCAUCGCACCCUCGUCCUCCCGCCCAACAACCCUCUCCGCCAACUUCCAGAACUUCGCCCUCCACCACUCCUCCGGAAAAGUCCUCCUCGGGAAACACGACGUCCAAUCCUCCACCUGUCCCAUCGUCCUCGACCGCCUCCUCACCAACGCCUGUCAAGUCGAGUUUGGCGAUCAUCACCAAGGCCUCCUCACCGAAGACGGGCAACUCCGGACUUGGGGCGAUUUCUGUGAGGGGGCAUUGGGGCAUGGAGACUUACGGGCUGGAUGUGCGAUCCCGACUGUUGUUGAGGGUCCGUUGAGAAAUCGGUUUGUGAUCAAGGUGGGCAUGGCCGGGUGGCAGAGCGCAUGUUUGGCAAUCGAUAUGAGCGAGGAUCGGGCUUUUGGUGGCGGUGCUGCAGCCCCUCCGCAAGGGCAUGUGCAGGAUAUGACGGUGCGGUAUGGGAAGGAGAGGAUGGAUGAUGGGUACUACAGUCUGGAGCACACGAGUGGCAGCAGUAGUGGCGGCAGUGGGAGUAGCGGUAGCGCAAGUGAAGGGAUUGACAGUAGUGAUGGAGAGGACUGGAGCAUCGGUCUCGACUCAUCCAACAGCCAGGAACACGGAGCAACUGAUCAACAACAGCAUUCGCAAAGUACAGGAGGAGGGUCGCAUCCACACCUACCGCCUCCCCAGCCUGCAGCUACGUCGUCAUCCUCGUCUCCAUGGAAGUUCUCUUCAGCACCGUACAUAGCGCUAUCCCCAUACUGCACGUCAUCCUGCUCACUCCUCGUCAACCCCCACAGUUACUGUCAAGGAAGUGCCACCGUUAACAAUAACUCUAAUGGUGGUGGAGGAUCCCCUGCACACGUCCGCAUCUCGCCCCUCCGGAAGCGAAGCCACUCACUCGGCGAUACUACUUCGUCAAGUGCAGGACAUCGCACGAAAUAUUCGUAUCAUCAUAGCACUGGAGAGCAUGAGCGGGUACGGAUGAUGGCUGUGACACGGUUGAAUCCUACGCUGACUGAGUAUCGCCCAGCUCAGACACAGGAGGAGGAGGAGGAGUCUUUUCCCACAAGCGCGACUUUGCCUGCCAGUAAUGAGGUUGAGGACUUUGUAUUGGAGUACUCCCAGCUGUGA